AUGUACAGAAACGCCUCACUUAUCCGGAGAUCAGACAUCCGGCAGCCUAAAGCAUCCGGAACGGCUCCGAACCCGGAAAAAAAAGCAGCGUCUCUGGCUGCGAGCAACCAGCCCCUGAAAAAGCCAGCAACAACGAAAAUAGCCGAGAGAAGUCGAGGAGCCGAAGAUUACACAAGGGGCGCGUCGAUUGGCCGGGCGGGCGGGCAGAAGGAAAGGAGAGCGGUCAUUGGCUGUGGCGUCUAUAAAAAGCAGGCCGCUGCGGGUGGCUGGGGAGAAGCGCGGGAGCGGCCCGGGCGCAGGUUCCUGUGA